AUGGCUUCGAGAACCGACCUCGACGACGAGGACCUCACCUUCCACUGCUGCGCGCCCCUUCGGGCCUCGGAGCUCUUGAGGCCCGUCGAAGUCGGCGAGAUUGGCGGCCCAGGCCACGCCGGGAAGUCGACGUUCUUCGCCUGGCCCAUCCUCGGGCCGCUCCUGUUCGAGAACGCGACCAGCGACGCGCGAGACCACUGCGCGAACGAGAGGACGUUCCUCUCGUACCUCCGCCUGUCCGUCUACAUGUCCAUCGUCGCCGUCGCCAUCGUCCUCUCCUUCCACCUCAAGUCCGAGCCCAGCCAGCUCGAGCUGCGCAUGGCCAAGCCCCUGGGCAUCGUCUUCUGGAUCCUCGCCGUCGCGUGCCUGUGCCUCGGCCUCGGGAACUACAUCAAAACCGUGAACAAAUACAGUCGGAAGGCGGCCAUCGUGCAGACGGGAUGGCGGACGCAGCUUGUUCUCUCCAUCGUGGCCCUCAGCAUCGUUGGGACCUGCGCCGUGCUACUGGUCAUCGCCAAGAUCACGGCCAACGCUCAGAAGGGAGAAUCUUCACAUGCCGCCGUCUAUGCGGCAGGUCACGUCUUGAAAUGA